UUUUAAUUGUGGUGAUAAGAUGGGAACAGUUGGUGUCUUAUGUGGUUUAAUUAUAUGUUAUGAACCAUUCUCUAUUAUUGCGUAUUGGAAUUGGUAAUAUUGCAUAGGUGCUUCGUGAGCGAAAAGGUUCAAUUAUGCAGUUUACUCCGGAUAUGAAAAAAUGCUAAAUGAUUCGAGACAGAAAUUUGAAUUGUUUGUCUAUUGUUUAAUUUUUCGAUAGUCGCCAUGAAUUUGAUUGGUUUGGUUUUAUGUUGUAAGUGUCGUAGUGACAAUGGAGUAGACGUUGAGAGAAGGAAUAACGAUGGGUGUAUUACAGAAAAACUGGAAAAAGGUCCAUUUGUAGGUUGUAGACAUAUUCAAAUGUUUCUAUACUUUCUCCUCAUGAUGUACUCGUACUGCAUGAGAUCAGUAUUAUCUGUGGCAAUAGUUGCUAUGAAUGAUAAUAGCACUUCAGCGAAUCACGAUGUGCCUGUAUAUCACUGGACUGACCGAAGUAUUGUACUAUCAACGUUUUUUUGUGGUUACAUUAUAUGCCAGUUUCCUGCGGCACAUUUCGGUAAGAAAUACGGAAUCAAAUGGAUUUUAGUAUGCACAAACAUUUUAGACUCUACCUCAUGCAUCCUCAUACCAACUAUGGCAAAUGAAUUUGGAUCGAAAGGGGUAAUGGUGUGUCGAUUCUUACAAGGGCUAGCUCAAGGGUUUUUGUUACCAUCCAUACAUACCUUAUUAGGUCAUUGGGCACCUCCUAAUGAGCGAUCUAGGAUUGGCACUUUCGCAUAUGCAGGUUCAGUAUUUGGCAAUAUUUUCUCCAUGCCAAUCACUGGUCUAAUUUGUUCGAGCUGGUUGGGUUGGCCGUUUUCGUUUUACCUUUGGGGAGCUUUUGGUCUCAGCUGGAGUUUUAUAUGGAUGGUUUUUGGGUUUGAUAAGCCCAAAAGUCACAAUAACAUUACUAAGAUAGAGAAGGAUUAUAUUGAGAAGAGCUUAGGUCAUUGUAAAGAGAAGGAUAAUGAAGCUAUCCCCUGGAUGGACAUAUUAUCAUCCCCACCGGUAUGGGCUCUAAUUGUAUCCAACUUAGGGGUAAAUUGGGGCAGUUCUAUUUUGCUUACCCAAACGCCCACUUAUUUGAAUAAAAUUCUGAAAUUUGACAUAAAAGCGAAUGCAGCUCUUUCAGCAGCUCCAUACUUGGCAAUGUGGUUGUUUUCGUUCAUCUUUAGUACAACAUGUGAUUUUAUUAUCAAUAGGAACUGGAUCUCUAGAGGCUGUGCAAGAAAAAUAUUUAACAGUAUUGGAACUCUAUGUCCAGCCCUAGGACUUCUGUAUCUAGGAUUCACCCCUAAAGACCAAGCAUAUCUUUCAGUAGGUAUUCUUAUUUUGGUAGGAGGUACCAUCGGAGCAGGUUUCUGUGGCUUUCAAGUAAACCAUAUAGAUUUAUCUCCUAAUCAUUCAGGCAUUUUAAUGGCUCUUAGUAAUGGUUGCACUAGCAUUUUUUCAGUAAUAUCACCUUUGGUGGUACAAUAUGUUGUAACAGACCAAGCCAACCAGGACCAAUGGAAGAUCAUCUUUAUAGUAUCCGCAUUAGUAUAUGCUACUACAGAUGUGUUCUUUAUAUGUUUUGCUUCAGGAGAAGUCCAGAAGUGGAACGAAUCGUGUGAGAGCUCCGAGACGAUAAAGGACAAAUAUAUUCCUAAAACUGAUAUAUAAAUGCUUAUUGUAUACUUGUGCUAUAGAAAAAAUUGUUAUUUAUUUAGUUCAUAUAUUAUAUUAUAGUUUUUAAGUAGAAUAAUGAAAUAUAUAUUGUAUUAACAUA